AUAAAAUAAAUCUAGUUACAUAGUUAAAAUGCAAUAACAUGCGUUUUCCUGCUUAUGGUACGAGUAACUGAGUCAGUUUUGAAAAAGAAAAAAGAAAACUUCAUAGAAAAUGCUUGAAAAAUAGUGACAUACUCAAGAGCAUGUUAUAAGGCGAGGUAGACAGCCACAAACUAGUCUAAGAAGUCUGUUCCGUCUUGUACUUUUUAGACUUUUUUUAAUUAGGAAUGUCAAGUAACAAACAUGUCGAGAAUUACAACAUUUAUGAGAGAAAGGUCAUGAAAAAAACCUAUUGCACAACUGCAAGUCUGCACAGGAUGUGCAGCAAAAAAAACAACAAAAAAAAACCACUGGCUGAGUCGAUAACAUGUGACACACUGAAGCUGUUGUUUUAAAGUGUCAAGCCGGUGCCAUUUUCUCCUACAGUUCACUGCAAAACAGCUCCAUAAAAACUGACUUUGACCAAAGUUUGCUCUUGAUAACUGCUACUCUUUAUCACAGUCCGUACUGGGCCCAGUGGGUGUCCCAGCAGCAUUUUAAACUGGGAGUUUUAAGGCUAAACAGAGCUAACAAGAAUACAACUCGCAGUGCAAAACAGAAAGAAAUGCCACAGUCUUCCUUAAACACCAAUAUCCCGAAAACCUCAUGUAAUGUAUAGUUUCUGUUUCACACAUUCUUUCACUUUCAUUUGUAUACAUUCAGGGCUUUAAUUUGCUUUCACUUUCAAAACAAGGCAGCACUGGACAAACAACAUGGACUAUUCUUUAGCUUGAUCUGCAAACAUGAAGGACAACUUAUAUCUGGCCUUUAAGAUCCAGCAAGUACCAGUGCACAGGAGGGGUCUCCAGUAACCAUGAAGGAACCACAGGGAACACUCCUGCAGGACAUAUUUUAAGUUCAUACACUUGACACUCCUUAGCCCACUGAUUCCCCACCUUUCCAAAAUGAUCCUUCUGACUUCUUCCAUACUCCCAGAAUUCCAAAAGUACCUCCUUUGUGGGAUGUGCGUCACCAUGACCACCAAGAUGAACCCAGUAAUUCACAGACACUUGCGUCCUCCUAAGAUCUAGGGGCAUUUCUCCCAUCUCCACCUGUAGGGCACUGACUGGAGACGUUUUAAAAGCUCCACAGCACACUCCAAGGGCUUCCGAUUGCAGAACAUCCAAACGUCUCAACACAGAAGGAGCUGCUGAACACCCAUAAUCGAAGACCGAUCUAAUUAAUGCCUGACAUGAUAAAUGGCUUGAAAGCGGCCAGCAAAUGCAGAGCUAUGGCUAGUGCUGUGCAGAAAAGCAUCUAUGCACGUUUUUCCAGGUAAGUAACCAUGACGGAAUCUACAUGCUACAAGGAACAAACAGAAACUUCAUGAUGAACCCAGCCCGUGAGUGGAUAGGAGAAUGACACAAUUGGAGAGGCUAUGCCUUUGUUAUGACUGUCACUUGUACCUUGUUUAGCUAAGCUAAUUGUGGAAUGACAAAUAAAGAAAUGCUUGAAACACAGUAUAAAAGCUGACCUCCAAGAUCAAGAUGCACUGGUGUCUGAUUACAGCACUCUGUAAAGGUAAGUGGCUUCUAUAGAAGAAGCCUCGGAAACCAUAACUUUGGAAAAACAGACCGUAACAAAGUCAAAAGAUAUUAAAUAUAUAUUGACAAAUAACAAUGCUUCUAGAAGAAAAUUGUUUGGAUAGAUGAAACAAAAUGAGAAUCUUUUGAUAAGUGAAAUUACGUUUUUGCUCACAGAAAAUAAUAAAGUAAAAAUAAAUGCACAGCAUGGAGAUGAAGAAAAGAAGAGUGAUAUCAGAUGUGUAUCAGCUCGUUCUGAAGAAAGACAUGCAGUGUCAUAAUCACAGGACAUGGUUGCACAAACAGGAUAAUGACAUGCAUCUAAAAACAGACAUGAAAUAAGCAGAAUCUCACAGGCAUUUGGCAAAUGUGAUCCAUUAAGCCUGAGAGGAGGUGACAAGUGUUCUGAAGAAGACUCACACGAUGGUGAGAAGUGUACAUGUCUGAUAAACGGCUUCAAAACACACUGCUGUGUGGUCGCUGAUUGAUGCUUAUGGUUUGCUUGUUUAAGGAACAACAAGCGCUGACAAACAUACACUGCCACAAUGUGUGUGUGUGCUCAUGGUCUUAAAGAAGACAAGAACUGGAGGCCUUGUCAUUGCAAGCUGAUAUAACGUUGCUUCUCCGUCACAUCAUCAUUCAUGUUGGUUGGUGAAUGAUUGCAGUGGUGUAGCAUUGUCUGGCAAUGGUAAACACAAACACUGAUAGCUAAUUUGUAAUUCCAUUUAUAUUACAAUAGAAGCUCUGCCGUUAGAUAUAAAGUGCAAGUAUGAGAAGCUAGCAAGCGUGCUCACUUCAGCAAAAAUCUUUCCAACACAGUUCACCUGGAGUCAGAUCUUUUAUUUCUUCAAAUUUUGUUGAUAAUUUUUGUUUAACCUUGAAUGCUUAAGGCCAAAAAUCUUACAUGUUGCACCUUGACUACAACCUCCUGUGUAAAAGAUUUGCAAGGCUUAGUUGUUAAUGCUCAACCCAGCAGCCUACAGCAAACAAGGACACGCAGAAGGUUGGUGUGACAGAAGACGAUGCUGGGGAUCCGAUAGGAUCGAGAGAGAUGAAAGCUGAAAGAGGAAGUUUAAUUUUUAAUGCUUCAUGAAGGUGUCUCCAGAAAAACAAACAAACAAACAAAAAAACUAAAAUCUAAAAACAUUGGUUAAAUGACUUUUCCCUUUCUAUUGAGGGGAAGUGGUAACUGGGUGGCUAAUGGUUAGUCCUGUGGCCAUACAAAUAGCUACCAGAAUGAACUCACCAAUAACCACUGUUACCAUGGAUCAUGAAAUAUAGGGUGGAAUCCAUCCCACAGUUAACCUGUUUACUUAACCUUAUCUAACCUAGGAGUUGCAAUUGAAAUAUAAAAUAGCACUUAAGUGACAUCAUGAGUUAAUGUGUCAUGCUAGCUAAAGCUCACCAAGCUAGCUCUAAACAGGCACAUGCCAUAACCAAAUGAAUAAAAAACAGUUCUUUACAUACCACAUUAUUGACAGCGAUGUAAACCUUUUUUAUUUGCUGGUUAAAGUCAUUAGAUAAAGUAGAGAAACUGAAAAAGGAAGCUAACAUGGAAGUGUGAAAAACUGGGGUUGACUCCAGAAGUGAUGCGAUUCAAGCUAUGUUAAUACACCAAUUUUUAAAGGAUUACAAAACAUGUUUACACUUUAGUACAAAAAACAAUUUACACAUUUUUAUAAGUCAUCCAACAGGAUAAUGGAUUGACAGGUGUCAUGUUAUGAUGUAAACAGAUAUUAGUCUCGUGUUUGUAAACUGUUUCUUACUUUUAAGAAACCCCUGAUUAGACACAGUGUCAGCCAAAAGUUUCCUGGAUGAGGAACCGAGGCAGAACAGUACACUGUAUAUUAACAAUUUGUGCAUUAGACACAGUUCAAUAAAUUGCAUUUUUUGGGAUACAGUGUGUGGAGAGAUAUUUGCAGACAGUGACACUAAGAUGACAAACAUCUGAAAUAUGGGAAAGUCUGGUGGUUCCUGAUUGCAUUAUUGCUUUUGUGCUCAGCCGGUGUUGUGCCAAAAAGUGAUUUCCAAUGUUUCCGUGUUUUGUUUUGUUUUAAAUCUUUGCUUAUCGGCUGUAGUCAACAGGAGUUGUGAAGGGGUUGUAUAAAAAAAGAAGGUAAAGGAAUUAUAUGUUUUUUGUUCUCUGUGUUCUACAUUAUAGUCAGUCAAAAGCUACAAUCAAAAAAAAUGAUUGCAGCUUCUACAAUGUGUCAGGAAUGUUCUUUCUGGCUCAAAAUGACUCAUAAGACUCAUAAGUAUCUCAUAAGAUACAUUUGACACAAUAUAGAUCAACAUUUUAAAUAUUUACGGAUUCUUUGUUUUUUGUUUUGUUUUUUGGCAAAAACCAGAAUACACUUUCUAUCACGACACUGGGAUUUGGUCUACAUCUUUGGUGGACUUUUUCAUGUUGCAUCACAAGUAGCAACUUCUGCUUCCAGAAAUGAAAAAUACCAAGGCUUCAAAAUAGGUCCAAAACCCAUUGCUCUGUCCGUCUUUUAUAUACAGUCUAUGCUUUGAAUCCACAAAAUGGAUUUUAAAAAUGUGCUACACAAAUAAAUACAUAUGCCCUAUUAUUCUGCAUUACUAAAGAACCACAACAUAUACAAUAUAUAUUUAUAUUUAUAUAUACAUAUAUAAAUGUGUGUGUGUGUGUCCUUUAUUAUUUUCAUUUAUCUGUAAUAAUCAUAACCCUUCGCCUACAUAUCCCAGAAUUCCCCGGCGUUGUUUAUUUAGGCGAAACCUCAGCUGCUCAGACUCUGCACAGGGUUGCACGGUGUGUGUGGUAGUAUUCGUAGUAAUGCGGUCCUUUCGAUUUUUGUUGCUUUGCUUCAAAAUGAAAACCAUGCUCGGCUAAAUCUGCGUUGCUGAGAGAGACAAAAACAGGAACAUGAAAUGGAGAUCACACGGGCCAGACCGUCCUUGUAUGGAGAAAUCGCACACGGCCUUGGAUUCUGGACAGACCGGUCAGCAGUGCACGAGGCUGCUGCACAAGGCAGGGCCUUCCAGUUGCAGCAGCUGAUCGAGGGAGGUGCCGCAGUUAACAUAGUGGCUGUGGACUCCAUCACCCCCCUGCACGAGGCCUGUAUACAGGGACAGGCCCAGUGUGUUAGACUGCUGCUGGAUGCUGGCGCACAGGUGGACGCUCGUAACAUCGAUGGUAGCACGCCGCUGUGUGAUGCGUGUGCAGCUGGAAGUCUGGAUUGCGUCAAGCUGCUGCUGGAGUAUGGAGCAACUGUAAAUCCUCCCCUGUUCACCUUCUCACCUCUUCAUGAAGCCUGCAUGGGAGGGAAUUCAGAUUGUGUUCAGCUCAUGAUCAAUCAAGGAGCUCACAUGGAGGCCCAUGACUGCCACUAUGGGACACCGCUCCAUGUAGCCUGUGCCAGGCAACAUUAUGACUGCGCCAAAGUUCUCCUCAACGCAGGGGCAAACGUGAAUGCUGCCAAGCUCCACGAGACAGCUCUUCAUCACGCAGCCAAGGCAAAAAACACAAAUUUGAUUGAGUUGCUUGUGGAGUUUGGGGGGAAUGUGUACGCCACGGAUAACCUGAACAAGAAACCUAUCCACUACACCACUCUGGGAUCCCCAUCGUAUCUCUGCCUCGAGUUCUUUGAGAAUAACCCCCUGAGUUUACAGCAGAUCAGCAGGGUGGCAGUGAGGAGGAUUCUCGGCACAAGAGCGCAUAAAGUUGUUUCUAGGCUGGACUUGCCUAAUCGUAUCAUAAGCUUCCUGUCUUACAUUCCGGCUCCAGUCAUUGAAAUUUAAUCGCUGGUUGCAACGGCUAUUCCUGUGGCCCUUUCUUCUGAAAAUCAUGUGACAGGAUGUUUGAGCUGACAGUGAUACCACACAGAUGUCUUAACAUUUCCCAAACUAGAUGGGUGUAUAGAUUUUUAUUUUAUUUUUUUCAGUUAAAUACGAUGACUUUUUGUCUAAGGAAACUGAAAAUGGGAUUUAUUUUUUUUUUUAA